ACUUCAGUACAAGUCGGUUGUGUACAGUUAACGAGCUUUAGACUUCGAGAUGGUGUUGAAAUCAACAUAUUCAGGAGAUGUAUCCGUUUACCAGGUGUCUGGUGCGAGCGUUUCACGCUCUCUCCCUGACUGGAUGGCCAAGAAGAGAAAGAAACAGCUGAAGAACGAUAUUGACUAUCAGACGAGAAUUGAACUGAUACAAGAUUUCGAAUUCAGUGAAGCUUCAAAUAAGAUCAGAGUAACCCCAGAUGGCCAGUUUGCGAUGGCCACUGGUACGUAUAAACCGCAGAUCCACGUCUAUGACUUUGCCAACAUGGCGCUCAAGUUUGAAAGACACACUGAUGCCGAGAAUGUCGAUUUCACCAUCCUUUCUAAUGAUUGGACCAAGUCAGUCCAUUUGCAAAACGAUCGAAGCAUAGAGUUCCAAAACAAAGGUGGUAUCCAUUAUAAGGCGAGAAUCCCCAAGUUCGGAAGAAGUUUAGCGUACAACGCCGUGAACUGUGAUUUGUACACAGCAGCCAGUGGCAAUGAGGUUUACAGAUUGAAUCUGGACCAAGGACGGUUCUUGCAACCUUUUGUCUUGGAGUCUGAUCGUGGAGCCAACGAUGUUUGUGUGAAUACUAUCAAUGGACUUGUCUCUGUGGCGUUAGAGGAUGGCACUGUGGAGUUCUGGGAUUCAAGGGCAAAAUCAAGAGCUGCAAAGCUCACGUUACCUAACGUUGGAUACAGUGAGGUGCCGUUUGAGGCCACUGCACUGGCUUUCAAAAACGAUGGUAUCAACUUUGCCUGUGGUACUUCUCACGGUUACUCGUAUACCUACGAUUUGAGAUCUUCACAGCCAACUUUCACCAAAGACCACGGAUAUGGUAAUCCGAUUAAGAAGUUGAUCUACUUGGACGAUGACAAAUUAGCAGUCACAGAUAAGAGAAUCGCAAAGAUCUACGAUGCGUCCGGGUCGCUAUUCGCCUCCAUGGAGCCGAGUGUUGAUAUAAACGAUUUGGAGUGGAUACCAAACUCUGGUAUGUUCUUCAUGGCCAAUGAAGGAAUUCAAAUGCAUACUUAUUACAUUCCUAACUUGGGGCCUGCACCAAAAUGGGCUUCUUUCUUGGACAAUAUCACAGAAGAGCUGGAGGAGAAACCGUCGGAAUCUGUUUACUCAAACUUCAGAUUUAUCACCAGGGAAGAUGUGAAGAAGUUAAACAUCUCGCAUCUGAUUGGAACAAAGGUGCUGAGAUCGUAUAUGCAUGGUUUCUUCAUAUCCACAGAGCUCUAUGACAAGGUGAACUUGAUUGCCAAUCCAAACUCAUACAGGGAUCAAAGAGAAAGAGAGAUCAAGAAAAGAAUCGAAAAGGAGAGAGAAUCUAGAAUCAGAACCACUGGUGCGCUUACAAACACCAAGGUUAAAGUCAACAAAGAUUUGGCUGAAAAGAUUGGCAAGAAAGCUGGUUCUGCCGUUGCAGAGAGUGUUGUUAACGAUGACCGUUUCAAGGAGAUGUUCGAGAACCCAGAGUUCCAAAUUGAUGUUGAAUCUCAUGAUUAUAAGCAAUUGAACCCUGUGAGUAACGAAAAUGACGUAUCCUCCAAGCGUUCUAGGGCCUUGACUGCAGCUGAGGAGUCAGACGAAGAAAGAUUGAACAGAAGAGACGGAUCCGAAUCCGAGAGUGAGGAUGACAGCGAAAGUGAAAGCGAAGAGAGCGAUGCAGAUGAGGCAGACGACGAACCUGAGGAGAUGGACAGAUUGCAAAGGGCUAAGGUCCAGAAGCAGUUGGAUGCCAUCAAGAGACGUGAAGAGGCCAAGUCCAAGGCCACUGAUUUCUUAAACGAGAUGAAGUCCUACUCCAACGAGGCUUCCAGCAGUGUGAACAAGAGUCAAAUCUCAUUCGACAAGCAGCUGAGACGUCUCAACCAGGAGAAGGCUGUUGAAUCCGAAAAGAAGAAAGGCGAGGUUCUACGCAAACAUGCUCGUGGUGAGAUGGAGCUGACAUUUGUUCCAAAGAAGGAGAGCAAGUCGUCGAAGAAGGUGAAGUUCGUACAGAGCGACGAGGAGGACGACGAGGAGGACCAGCAGGCUCACGGAAGAACCAAGCAGAGAUUUGAAGGCCGUAGAAGGGCUUCCAAGAACGCGUUCCGUGGCAUGUAAAGACAAACAAGUGACG